AUGUUCAAUUUUUGUAGCAGGCUAUUAUACAAAGGGAAAUAUAUACCUGUUGGUAGAAGGGUUUUUAGAGAAAAGUUGAUAAAAGGUAGAAAACAAAAAUCUCCAAUAAUAUUAUUACCUCCAUAUAUAACAGUACAUGAAUUACGCAUAAUGUUAAAUAUAAAUUAUGAAACAUGUUUUAAAGCUGCUAAUGUUUAUAAAUGUGGUAAUGUAUAUAGAUGGAAAGACUCAGAAGAUAGAGUUUUUCAAACAGUAAACAAAAGGAAUGUUAUUAUACCAUAUAGUACUGCUGCAUAUGUUAGUAAAAUUUUUAAAUAUAAACCCAAGCUCAUUCAAGUUGAAUUAAAUUGUGAAGAAGAUAAAUAUCAUCAUGAACAAAUGAACCUUUUAGAUAUAUAUAAAAAUACUUAUAUAGAAGAAAAAAAAUACUAUGAUGAAUUUUAUUUCAUAUCUCAGAAUAAUCAAAAAAAAAAUAGUAAUGAAUUAAAAAAUUUUAAUAAUCGUGGUUUAAAAAAUGAAACAAAAAAUUGUAAUAUAAAUAAUGAUAUGUCAUCAUUACUUAUAAAUGAUAAAUAUAUUUCAUCUAAUAUAUAUACUAAUAAUAAAAAAAUAAAUGAUGAAAAGAAAAAAAAUUAUUAUACAGUCAUAUCUGUUAUAGGACAUAUAAAUCAUGGGAAAACAACACUUUUAGAUAAAAUAACAAAUAAUAAUUUAGCUUUAAAUGAAGCUGGAUGUAUCACACAAAAUAUUAAACCUAUACAUUUUGAAUAUCCACCUUUUAAAUUUACUUUUUUAGAUACACCUGGUCAUAAAGUUUUUCAAAUAUUUAGAGGAAGAGCUGCAUUCCUUUCGGAUAUAUUGAUUAUAUUAAUAUCUUUAGAAGUAGGUGCGGAAAUACAAACAGAAGAAGCUAUAAAAUAUGCAGAUAAAUUCGACAUUCCAGUUAUUUUUGUUUUAAACAAAGCAGAUAUAUAUGGAUCGAAUGAAUCUGUAGUAAAAGCUGAAUUAAAAAACCAAUGUCGAAAAAUGUAUGAUGAACAAAUAUUAAAACACAAUUUUUCAAAUGAAAUUGAUAAAGCCAUUACUAUAUCGUCUUUAACAGGUUAUAAUAUACACAAAUUAAUUAAUAGGAUAUUUUUUUUAUCUCAACAUAUGAAUUUGCCUUACAAUAAUAUAAAUGACCAUAAUAUUAAUUCUAAUAAUAUUGAUAAUAAUGUAGCAUAUGAGUCGAUGAAAAAAAACUUUCUUAUUCGACAAAAUGAGGAUGAUAUUAAUAUUAACCAUUUAGAUGAUAAUAAUAAUAAUAUACAUUUAAAUAAAAAUAAUCCUACACAUGAUAACUCCAACCUUUUGAAAAAAUAUAUCAGAAAAUCUGAUUUUUUAUUAGCUUUAGAUACAUAUCCAUUUGGUAUGGGUAUGGUAGUUGAUAUCAGUAAGAAUUCGAGUAAAGGAACUAUUCUUAAUGUUAUUAUAAGAAACGGAUUCUUUAUUGAAGGGAAUUAUUUUAUAUGUGGAUCGGCAUAUGGAAGAAUUCAGAAAAUGUAUAAAUUUAAUACAAACUUUAAAGAAAGUUGUACUUAUGCUUCUGUUGGUAUGGCUAUACAAAUAACAGGGAUAAGAAAAUAUGGAAAUGCAACAACAGAUGAUCUUAUUUUUACUCUACCACAAAAUAAUGCUUUUAGAUUAUGUCAGUAUAGACUUAUGGUAGAAAAAUUAUCGACCUUACAAGUAAGUGGAAAAGAAAUAUCUGUUUCUUGGGAAAAUGAUAUGAAAAAAAAUGAAUUUCAUGCAGAAGAUAUUUAUGAAAAUAGAUUAGAAAUGUCAGAUAAAAGAAAAGCUAUUGAAGAAUUUGGUGUUGAAAAUGAACCAAUAUUUAAUGAUAUAACGUAUGAAGAAUUUCACAAAAGUAAUACUCAAUUAAAAAAAGAACAAGAUAAUUAUAUCGAAAUAGAAUUAGAAGAAGAAAAUGAAAAUGAAAAUUAUAAAUCAAAUGUGGAAAAAAUAAAAAAAAUUCAAAAUGUCUUAUCGAAUGAUAAAUAUGAUGAUUGUAUUGUAAUACCUCAUGAUAAUACAUAUUCAUUUUUAAAAACGUCCAAAGAAGAAGAAAUGCAUGUUUCAAAGAAUACACAAUUUUCUUCCUUAAAUAAUUCGAACCAAACUAAUGUUAGUGAUAUACAAACGUGUCAACAAAAGGAACAAAUGAAAGGAGAAACGAUUUCAAUGUGUACAAACAAAAUUAAUUUUAAUAUGGAAAAAGAAGGUGAUAUUAUAUAUGAUAAUAAACAAAUUAAUGAUAAUAAAAAAGGGUAUAAAAUAUGUCCUCAAAAUAAUUCGGAACCAUCACAUAAAAAUAAAAAUCACAUUAUAAAAGACCAACAUAAUGGCCAAUAUAAUAAUGAAACAAAAGAAGUACAAGUAAAUAUAAAUAAUAUAAAUAAUGAGGAGAAUACUACAUAUUCUAAUUUAUAUAAUGAAAAGGUGGAAUCGUACAACGUGGAAGCUACAAUUCCAUCAAGAGGUAGAAAAAAUAAAUAUAGUAAAAAUAUAUAUGAGAUAAAUAAGAAAUCAUUAUUUAAGGAAAAUGUGACAAAAGGAUCUAAUCAUAAUAAUGAUGAUAAUUAUAAUUAUAAAAAUAACCAAAAUAAUGAUUUAAGUGCACCUUGGUAUUAUGAAGAAAGCGAGGAAACAUGGGCAAAAAAAGUAUUACAAAGAAAUGAUGAACUUAUGGAAACAUGGAGAAAUAAAACAAAACAAAGAGAAAUAGAAAAACAAAGACAAAUUUUUUAUGAAAAACAAAUGAUAUUAAAAAAUGAAAUGAUCAAAAGAAAUCUUCUAGGAGAAGAAAAGUUAACAGAAGAACAAAUUAAUGCUUAUUUAUAUGAUGAACCAAAUAAAAAAAAGAAAUAUCAUACAGAUGUUAAUGAAAGUGAUCAAAAUGAUAAUGAGACACAUACAGAUGAUAAAUUCAAUUUACCCAAAAAAAAUUGUCCAGUUAUACCUAUAAUAAUAAGAACCAAUUAUGUUGGUAUAUUCGAUAUCUUUCUUGAUGAAUUUGAAAAUUUGCAAAACAAAUAUAAUGUGAAAAUAUCUGUUGUACAUGGUGGUAUAGGACCAAUUACACCAAAUGAUGUUGUACAUGCAGAAGUAGAAAGUCAUUUUGGAUAUUGUUGUAUUUAUGCUUUCCAGGUUAACGUAUUACCUGAUUCGGUAAAACAAGCAGUCCUCUCAAAUAUUGUAAUUAAACAAUUUGAUGUUUUUACAGAUUUAAUAGAUGAUAUUGUUAAACGAAUUACUAACAUUAAAGCAUUGAUUGCUCACAAUAUGUAUGUAAGGAGUCUUAAGAAGGAACGAACACAGGAAGGAAUGUAG